CGGAUUCGGCUCCAACGUUCGACCCGAAGAACAACAAAAUACGUCAUCUCGCAUCUGGACGAGGUUUUCGGCCAGUGGCAUUGAAGAGUCAUCCACAAUGGAACCCACCCAGGAGGUUAUGGAGACCACAGCCGUGGACCUGGGCGCCCUUCUGGACGCAGGGGACGGCGCAGUCGUCACACUGGUGGCAGGCUGCACCCGUCUCGUGGUGCACAAAGCUGUGUUGGCCGAUAGAAGUCCUGUGUUUGGCGGCAUGUUUCGCCACGACACACUGGAAGCCAACACCGGUGAGGUCGCAGUCCCGGACGUGGAGGGCCCGGUGCUGCGCCAGCUGGUCGCCUACCUCUACACCCUCCAGGCCCCUCAGCUGCCCAGCCUGGCCCCCCAGCUGCUGGCAGCCGCUGAUAAAUACGGCGUGUCGGCCCUGAAGGCUCAGUGCGAGCAGCUCGUGGCCGCUCAGCUGUCCGUCGAGACUGCGGCGGCCGCAGCUGUUCUGGCGAUCAGGCACUCCUGCACCAGCCUCAGGCAGGCCGCCGUUAACUUCAUCAAGGCCAACGCCUUUCAGGUCAUGACCACACAGGGCUGGGCUGACGCAGUGCGCACUCAGCCUGAAGACAUCGUCACACUGGGUCAGCUGCUCGCGGAUCCUCCAGCAGAAGCCAGCACGCCGACCUCUACAGAUGGCAGUGGGCCGCAGGGAGACCGCAGCUGCACCCCUGCCACUGCUGCGCCGCCCACGGCCAGCCGCACCGCUCCUCCGCCAGAUGACUCUGCCGUCUCUCGCCUGCGGAGCCUGCCUGAAAAGGAGAAGAACAGCAGACUGAUAAAGGCAGCGAAGGAGGAUGCAGUCACAGAGCUGCAGACGCUGCUGGCAGCUGGUGCGGACGUGGGGGCGAGGGAUGAGGACGAGCGCAGGUACACCGCCCUGCACUGGGCAGCAGAGAAGGGACAUGAGAAGGCAGUGAAGUGCCUGGUGGUGGGUGGAGCAGACGUGGACGCCAGGAGCAGCGGCUGGCAGGAGACGCCCCUGCACAAGGCUGCAAGUAAUGGCCACGAGGCUGUGGUGCGGCUUCUGCUGGAGGCAGGAGCGGAGGCUGAUGCCAGGAACAAAACGCAGAGCACGCCCUUGCUUGUGGCUGCAUAUCAUGGUCACGUGGCUGUGGUGCGGCUGCUGCUGGCGAACACUCCUUACCAUAACGCCAGGGAUCAGUGGGGACGAACGCCGCUGCACAAUGCGACUCUGCGCGAACAUGCAGAGGCGGCUUCGGCACUGCUAGAUGCUGGGGCCGACCGCUGGGCCAGGAAUAACGAGGGAAAAACCCCACUGGACCUCGCCAAGCAGAACAACCACCAGCAGCUGAUAGACAUGUUAAGGUGAAGGUAGCCGUCUGACAGAUAUCCUUGGAGUAAAACGAAAAGAACUCCAUUCCAUGAGUUUUCUUCAUUAUUAAAAUAUAGACUGUGACAAAUCUAAACCUGCAGUUAUUCACUGUUUCUGUACUCCCACAUUCAAGCAUAAUGUUGUGCCUCGGCAGACUUUUUUGGCCAGUUCUAGUGAACGCUUCAGUAGAUGUAUAGUACAUAAUAUUAUUCCAAUUUCAAAUCUUGGCACACGUCUUU